AUGACAUCGUCGCACGUGCCCACGACGACGAUGCCGGCGGAGGCGACGGAGCUGGACAGCGACGGUUCGAGCUGCGGCGAGCGUGACGUUUGGAAGCGCAUACGCGGCGAUCUGGCCGACGCCGGGCCCAAGAAGCGCCGGAAGCAGACCACUCCGGUAAGACUCUCGUCCGGUCUCGCGUCCGGCGUGGCCGAGGACGCGCGUGAGGACGAGCACGAGGACGAGGACGUCGAAGGUAAGCCGUCGGCGCGAUCGCCGUUGCCGAGCAACGACCAUCACCACCAACAGCAACACCACCACUACCUCCAUCACCACCACCAUCAUCACUCGCCGUCGUCGAAAGACGAGAAUCUGAACAAUGAGUUCCGCUGCCAGCGCUGCGGCCGGCUCUUCGACAGCGAUGAGACGCUCAGCGUCCACGUAAACUGCGAACACGGCGACGCGGGUCAGGCGACGCCGGGUGUCGCCAUCAAGGUAGAGCCGGCGCAGCAGCUGGACCAGACCAGCGACGGGUCCGUUAGCCUCCUGAGCGUUAAGAACUUCGCCACCACGUGGCUGGCGUCCGGCAGCCAGCAGCACGUGCAAUCGCAGACGCAGAGCGACGAAUCGUCGUGGUCGGGCGGCCCGGUCAAUCAGAUCGUCACGAUGACCAAUCAUCUGCAGGCGCUCUCGAGUUUCCCGGGUGCUCUCGCGCAGUACCUACCCCUGCCGAGUUUUCCCCUAGCCGAUCCCCAGCUCCCUAGGUCCUCCCUCGGUCCCGUACCGGUCAAGAUUUUUAAUCCGGACGCGUAUUGCGACAUGUGCAACAAGGAAUUCUGCAACAAGUACUUCCUGAAGACGCACAAGGCCAACAAGCACGGGAUCUACGUGGACUCGCCGGCGCCAACCGUCGAUCCCGCCAACGUCACCGGCGGUAGUAUAUUCGGCGCCGCGAACUUCCACGCGAGUAGUAACCCGAGCGUGAAGCUGGAACCGCCGGCGACUCCGCCGCAGAAACGUUUCCGUAUCGAAGAUCCGGCGAAAAAAUCGAAGCCAAAGACGCACAACGAAUCGCCAACGAUAGACCAACAGUCGGACGGCCAGCAGAUCCCUGUAAUGCAGAACGAGGAAGACCAAGCGACGUCGCGUGACAGUCCCGGCGGCAUGGAGGCGCUCCUGAAGCAGGAAUACGGCGUCGAACAGGAAGACGCGACCUUCAUGCCGGCCCCAAGACACCUCUCGCCCCAAUCCAUUCAGCAAGCACGCGAUUCGGGCUUCAGCGCCGAUCUCCUGCGCCGUCUGGGCGUCAUAAAUCCCGAGGCGUUCUGCGAGAUCUGCUGCAAGGAGUACUGCAACAAGUACUUCCUGCGCACGCACAAGAUGAAACGACACGGCAUUAUCGUGCAGGACAAUGAGAGAUCGCCCGGCAAUUCCGGCACGGGCGUCACCACCUGGCAUCAGGUGCAGACCAGCCCGUUGAAUCUGAUCGUGUCCGAGGCCACCGCCGCGGGUGCGGAAUCCAACGAUCGGAAUGGCAGCGAGGAGCACGAGUGCAAACCUUGCGGCAUUCGCUUCCAGACGGCCGAUCUGUAUCAGGCACAUUGUAGGAAGAUGCACGAGGCCGAUGAACGCGGCUCGCCGAAACAAGAAUACGACCUGGACCCCUCCGAUCAGCGCACCGACUCGAUCUCGGAGGAUCUUCAAAAGCUGCAGACGAUGAUCAUGCAGCUGAACGGCUUGGAGUCCGGCAAAGGAUUGUCCUGCGCCGCUUGCGGCAAAGAGUGCGAUUCGAGGUCGGCUCUGCGCGUUCACAUGGUGACCGAGCACGGUGUCGGCGGUGACGAAGCCUCGCCGCAGAAAUCACCCACGGCCAUUUCGACUAUCUCCUGCACCCUCUGCGAGAAGGAUUAUCCUGGCCAAGAUGCGUUACGGAGACACAUCAGCGAGGAACAUCAGCCUAUCGUAACCAGUGCCGUCACUCUGCCAUCAUUGCCGCCGACGGUGAUCGCCUCCUCCGCCAGCUCGACGCCCACCAGUCAGACUCCAAGCAAUCAAACGACGACAAUGACGGAGAGGAAGGUUACGUCGCUGACGCCCACAUCGAGCUACUGCGAGAUCUGCAACAAGGAGCUGUGCAACAAGUAUUUCAUGAAAACGCACAUGCAACGGAUGCACGGCAUCGAGAUCGAAAACGGCGCGCAAAUCGGCGGAGUCAUCUGCGACAUCUGCAACAAGGAGCUGUGCAGCAAGUAUUUCCUGCGCGUUCACAAGCACAACACCCACGGGAUCGUCGACGAGAACACAUCGUCCGGAUCGGCGUCGAACAAGCAGGAGUCCUACGACGUUCCCAGCGCGGAAGACACGACGUUGAAACCGGAGCAGUUGGGCGAUCUCAGUCAUAGAUAUUUCACCGAGAUGUGUCCGAUCUGCAGUCAAAGGUUCCGCAGCAUCAAAUGGCUGAAGGCCCACUUAAUGAGCAACCACGGCAAAGCGGGGGCCGACAAAUGGCGCGAAUUAGAACUGCAGUAUCAAGCGACAUCCAAAGUCGGUAGUGGUAGAAACGUUGCUUCGACGAAGAGCACGCAGCAAACGUCAAAUCUGAAAAUCCCCAACGGCUUUGAAGUCACCCAACAGGUCAAACCCGUCGAUUACACGAGCUUAGGAAAUCAGAUGUUGUCGAAUCUGCUCGGUUCCUCCUCGGAGGAGCAUCAGCUGAAAAACUAUCGCUGCGCCUUCUGCAACUUCACGACUCCCGUAUUACCCUUCCUCUUUUUUCACGAGCGAACCCACACGAGCCAUCACGAAACUCUCGAGGGCGACCGAACGCUGCAGUGCCCGAUAUGCUCGCACGAUUUCCCUCAGCCGGAGCUACUCCAGCAGCAUCUGCUCGCCAAGCACCAGAUUCCUCCGUUGACGCAGUUUCAGUAUCCUCUCCUGAACAACUUUCGAUCGGACAUCGACGUCAAGACGAGCGACGCCAAGGGCAGAGCUGACGCGGAUGCGAAAGACGAGCGUGUGAGGUGCAGUCCGCAAAUCGAUCGGGGCGUCCCCGAGCCCGCGAGAAACCAGCGGCAGGACGAGAACGCGGUGCAGGUGACUCCCCAGGGUGCGUACAAGUGCGCGCAGUGCGGCUACGCGACGACGAAUCUGAACCGCAUCAAGAAACACGUGCGGAAGGAUCACAAGUCGAUCGGCGACCCGACGGAGAGCGUCAUCGCCGAGCUCAGCAAGACGCUGAAGGACGUGGCGAACAAACAGAAGAUGCCGGCCUGUUACGCGAUGCCGCAGGACAUGAACUCGAACCCCGACAAGACAUGCAUCAUGCAGCCGUUUCUGAUCGAGGAGCAGGAUAUGCAGGCGGGCGCCGAGUCCGGCUCGGCGAAGAGAUUCGCGCCGGCUCUGGUCUACUUGCCGGUCAAGUCCAGAAUCAGCAAUGUCCUGACCGCCUCCUUCACCCUCACCCCCGCCUGAAUCUAGAUCCCGAUUGCAUUACGUCGCGUCCGGUCACUCGGAAGAGUACGAGCGGUCAGCAUCUGCAUCUGCGAUCUGAGCACGUGGUAUCGGUUCCUAUUUAUCAUGUAAGACGAGCAGCCAGCCGGCAAGUGUUAUUUGCACUAUAAUAUUUUAACGUUCCACUAAUUUUUACGUAUCUUUAGCGACUUUUGCAGGCUAUCCCAUUAUCGAUUAAGUGAGUCCUCUAUAAUUUCACGUUGCAAAUUGAUAGAAGAAGAUAAGAACGAAUUGACGCGAUAUCGGCAAGAUGAGACAAUCUCUUCCUUCAAAGCUGACUUUGCAUCGGGCAAAAAAUGAUUUCGAAAUCAUUCCAUAUCUAAGAAAAUAGUUAUCCUAAACAGAAAAAUGUUUUUAAACUAUUUUCUUGGACAUUGAUCGGUCCAAAAUCUAUUUUUUUCACUGUGCAAAAUUAUUUUUUGUAGGAGGAUAAUCCAUCCAGUGGAUUAUGUGUUUGUUCUAAACAGACUUGUUGCCACGAUGCAACGAAAUUGCUCGUCUUUUCGUAACGCGUCAUCGAUUCAAAAUACAGGGAGAUCGUCCUGAAGCAACAAGAAAUAGGACUCGUUUAUACGCAUUUUAUUUCGGAAUGAUUCUCGAGAGCGAAUGAACCGAAACGAUCUCCCUCGGAAGGAAAGAUCUACUAAAAAAAAAAAAAAGAAAUAACGAGAUGAGAUUGUUAUUA